UAUGGCUCCCAAAUUAUGCAGAAAAUCCUGCAGAUGGCGGAAGGGAUUGAUGUGGGUAAGAUGCCGUCGUUUGAGCUGGUGCCGGGCACGAAGACAGCCAAAAGACCACGAUCUCCACGUGAUGACUCUCCCCAAAGGACCUUGGAAAAUGCAAGAAAGCAAGCUCCCAAAUUCCGUGUCCGGCCACGCUUUGAGCCCAUCCACUUCGUCGCCAGCAACACUCAACCGCAGACGAAAGAAGAGUCUUCAGAAAACCAAGCCCAAGACACUUUGGAGAAUAUCACAGCCCAGCAGAUCCAAACUUACGCUGAUCGGGUGUUUAGCAGCUUCGGCACCCAAGACAGGGACUCCCAGUUCUCCAGUUCCGUAGGCCUUGGCUAUGGAAGUAGCCAGGUCAAACCACCCGAAGCUAAAGUGGUUCCCAAAAGUACAGAGAUUUCUACUGCUGGGGGCACGACGACUUUGGUGGACUCUGCUUUUCUCCAAUCCUCUUCCGAAACUUUCCCCAAAUCAGUAGUAACAGCCAAGCAGUGUUUCAUUAACAAGCUUGUAACGGCCGUCCGCAACAAUCUCGCCAACCCCAAUUGUAGCGGCGGGCCAGAAAAAAUUAACUACACGUAUCUUUUGACGCGGUCGAUUCAGGCUUGUAAGACCAACCCAGAGUAUAUUUAUUCUCCCCUGAAGGACAUUUCGCCUGCCGAUCUCCCCAAGAAGAAGAAGAUUCUCAAAGAAGGUUUUGCCUGCGAGGUGAGGUGUCAGAACGUCUAUCUGACCACGGGCUAUGCGGGCAGCAAAAACGGUUCCAGAGACCGGGCCACCGAGCUGGCAGUCAUGCUGCUGCAAAAACCCGUUGAAGUCAAAGUGGUUCAGCGGAAGUUCAAGAGCGCCACGCGGGAGGAUUUGGUGGUGUGUGAAAGUGGGACCUCUUCGCUUGAAUUCCCGCCAGCGCUCAAACUGCCGGAUGACGUGAACCCCCCUGCAAAGGACAGUGUGUCGGGGCAGCCGAGUUCUGACCCGCAACAAGGGCCCAGCUCUGCCAAGCAUUGGACUAACUUUGUCCUCACUGAAAACGCCAGUGAUGCCAUUGGCAUUUUGAACAAUUCCGCCUCCUUUAACAAAAUGACUGUGGAAUACAAAUACGUGCUGAUGCCCAACCGUCUCUGGCGUUGCAGUGUCUAUUUGCAAGGUCACUUCUUGGCUGAAGGCUGCGGCACUAAGAAAACCAGCAAGCACGCCGCGGCGGACGAAGCCGUGAAAAUUUUGCAGAAGACUCAAUCCAACGUGAGCGCCACCAAAGCUGUCCAGGUCCAGAAAGUCAGUGGGGCUGCCCGCAACCCCGCGAGGAAGAAGAAUCUGAAGGACCUGGUGGUGUACGAAAACUCCAUGAAUCCGGUCUGUACUCUGAACGACACCGCUCAGUUCAACAAGAUGACGGUGGAAUACGUCUUCGAAAGGAUGACCGGCAUGCGAUGGAAGUGCAAAGUGAUGCUGGAGAACGAAUUGAUCGCCGAAGCAAUCGGCGUCAAGAAGAGCGUCAAACACGUAGCCGCCGAGGAGGCCGUGAAGGUCCUCAAGAAGACCCAGCCUACCGUGGUCAACAACUUGAAAAAAGGCACCAUUGAAGACGUCAUUUCCCGGAACGAGAUUUGCGGCCGCUCGGCCGAAGAAGCCUUGAAGCAGCAGAUUAAGGAAGACAACAUUGGAAAUCAGAUUUUAAGGAAGAUGGGCUGGACGGGGGGCGGUUUGGGCAAAAGCGGGGAAGGGAUCCGGGAGCCCAUCGCGGUGAAGGAGCAGUUCAAAAGGGAAGGGCUGGGACUGGAUGUCGAAAGAGGCUCCCAGAUCACCAAAAAAGAUAUUGAGCAGAUCAUCCAAAAUUACGCUUUCUCGGACAGGAAGAUCGAUCUGACUUUUUCCACGGAACUCACCAACGAUGAGCGGAAACAGAUCCAUCAGAUAGCCCAAAAAUACGGGCUUAAAAGCAAGUCCCAUGGGCAGGGCAGGGAUAGGUACCUGGUGGUCAGCCGAAAGAGGCGUAAAGAAGAUUUGCUGGACCAGCUGAAGCAGGAUGGACAAGUUGGCCAUUACGAACUCAUCAUGCCACAGGAGAAAUAGGGAGCGAGCCUUAAGUUUUUCCC